CUUAGCAGUUUUCGGGCGGGGAGUGUGCAGGGUGUGUUUUAGGAGGGCUCGACUGCUCAAGAGAGCUUGAAUAGACACGUUUAGAGAAGCAGCGCUUUUCAGGAAUUUAAAUGAGACCCUUUUUUGCGGUUGCUUUUCAAGGCUGUUCUGUUAGUUCUAUAUUUGCUUUUGCAGAUUGCUCUUAUCAAUAGUUAGGCAGCUGUGGUAGCAUAUAAAAAUCGAUGUUCUCAAAGGAGAAAAAGAAAGUCUUGGCGAAUUCACCUCUGCUCAGCGGUGUGGAACACUUCUGUGGUCUCGUUUUAUAAUUUAUCGGUAAUGCUAUAGUCUCUAAUGCUCAACUACCAUUUCUAGUUUAUUUUGUUAUGGCAAUGUGUUUGUUUAGGUACUAGAAAAAAUUUGGUUGGGUUACUCACUUAAGUAAUUCAGUUGAUAACUUGGAGGAACGUUUAGUCAUCUUAUUUCAGAUGUGGAGGGAAAUGCUAAGAGAAAGGCAGGAGGCAGUGGCAAACCUCAAGAAUUAGGUUUUUUGCACAUUUUUUAAUUUGAUUUUCCUUUUUCAGUCUUGCAAACUUUCUGAGCUUUAACCCUUUUGCAAUGAAACUUUCCAGGCGUGGUGUCUGCAUCCAGGUUUCAUUUUCCUUCACCAAUACUUCAAGGCACAGAGGAGCUGGUAAAGGCAUUGCCAUGAAACCUAACUUGAAGCAGUGGAAACAACUCAUGCUCUUUGGUAUCUUUGCAUGGGGCCUGCUUUUCUUGGUGAUAUUCAUCUAUUUUACAGAUAGCAACACUGCUGAACCAGUUCCAAGUUCCUUUUCUUACAUUGAAACUAAGAGACUUCUGCCGCUUCAGGGCAAGCAGAGAGUCAUCAUGGGAGCCAUUCAUGAUCCAUCAUUCUCUGAAACCAUUGAUGGGAAUGAGGUGCUUCUUAAUGAAGAUCUCCUAGGUACUUUUAAGUCAGGGACUGGAAAUUCUAAGAAAUGGACUGUAUUGGAAGAGGCCUUUAGAAAUGAAGAUGAGUUUUUUCCACCCCAGUUAGGAAGAAAAUCAAAAAGUGCUUUCUACCAAGUGAAUGAUGAUUAUUUAUUUGCUGCUGGUCAGCCUCAGUCACACAACCACCUUCAAGAGAUAGAAAAAUUCAUUUCGGCUGAUGUGAAUAAUCCAAAAGGAAAUAUUUUACAGAACAGCUGGAGCCAUCAGAGAAGAAUGAGGAGAAGGAGCACAAAGCAUAGGAGAGGCCAGAUGCUUGAUGAAUCUGAUGACUGGGAUGAGCUGUAUUCCACAAUGUCGAAAUCCUUUCUUUACAAGCUUUGGAAAGGGGAUGUCUCUUCCAAGAUGCUAAACCCUCGACUGCAGAAGGCGAUGAAAGAUUAUUUGAGUACCAAUAAGCAUGGGGUGCGGUUCAAGGGGAAACGAAACUCCAAGUUAACAGGAGACCAGCUAUUCUGUGAGCUAAAAGAAAGAGUGAAUGUGAAAACAAUAGAUGGCAAGGAGGCUCCCUUCUCCACUCUUGGAUGGGAAAAGCACGUUCCCCAAAUUCCACUGGGUAAAUUAUAUACACAUGGCUUUGGGAGCUGUGCCGUAGUUAUGUCUGCUGGUGCAAUACUGAACUCCUCUUUAGGGGAUGAAAUAGAUGCUCAUGAUGCCGUUUUAAGAUUUAAUUCUGCUCCUACUCGUGGCUAUGAAAAAGAUGUUGGAAAUAAAACAACCAUGCGGAUCAUUAAUUCUCAGAUUCUCACCAAUCCAAACCAUCACUUUGUCGACAGCUCCUUGUAUAAAGAUGUUAUCUUAGUAGCCUGGGAUCCUGCUCCGUACUCUGCAAAUCUUAAUGUGUGGUAUAAGAAGCCAGACUACAAUCUGUUCACUCCCUACGUACAGCAUCGCAGGAAGAAUCCAACCCAGCCAUUCUACAUCCUCCAUCCAAAGUUUAUAUGGCAGCUCUGGGAUAUCAUUCAGGAGAAUACCAAAGAGAAGAUACAGCCCAACCCUCCUUCUUCAGGGUUUAUUGGUAUCCUCAUCAUGAUGUCCAUGUGUAACGAAGUGCACGUGUACGAGUACAUCCCUUCAGUGCGACAGACCGACCUGUGUCACUACCAUGAACUCUACUACGAUGCAGCUUGCACCUUAGGGGCCUACCAUCCACUGCUCUACGAGAAGCUCCUGGUGCAGAGGAUGAACAAAGGUUUGCAGGAUGAUCUGUAUCGGAAAGGGAAAGUCAUUUUGCCAGGGUUCAAAGCUGUCAAGUGCCCCAAACGAAAUAAUUUCCCACACUUGUAGAAGUAAGCCUUUCAGAAACAAUGUGCAAUAAGGUACUACUGUCGUACUAUAAACAAGAAGAGAAUACUUGAAAAAAAAUAUAUCUUAGACCAAUCUAGUCUUGAGUCUAUAAAUUGUAAUUAAGUAGCAGGCAUGAGAAAUACUUCUUUUUCUGAGCCCUCAGUAUUUAUUACUGCUUUGCAAAUAGUUACAGAAAAAAAGCAAAGGCUUAGCUCAUGAAGGUGCAAAGGACAUACUUAGGCAGAAAUAUAAUGUAUUGUUGUUGGUGUGGCUGUCAGAAUUUGUCGGUGGUCUCAUGCCACAUUUGCUAGACUGUAAUUUUUAUUAUUGUUUUUUUUUUUAAAUGAAUUUAUUUAAUUGUCAAACCUGACAUUGUCAAACAGCCUCUAUUGUUCAUGUAUAUACAGAGCGGCCAGUUGAACAAUGCAGCAUUUCCCGUGGCUCCAUGGGAUUUUCACACUCUCCCAGAAUGAAGUAAUUGCUACUCCAAGCUGUGCAGUCAUUCACUAGAGCAGGCUUUAAUGUCUGUUCCUACA